AUGUCAUCAGAGAAAAACGUCACUGCUUCGUCGAUCAUCUACCUGUCCGUUCAGCUUCUAAAGGUGGCAAAUCAAAGCGAGAUAGCUGAAUCACACCCCGAGGCAUUUGCCUUUGCUGAAGCAUUGAAGAGAUCGAUGAUUCAUCGGGGUUUUGCGUCUCGUGCAACGAACCCAACGUUGCGAAUGUGCACUAUUUUAGAUCCUAGGUAUAAAACACAUACCUUUCCGAAUGCUGAAACUGUGGAAGAUGCAAGAAGAGCGCUCUAUGACGCAGCAGCAGCAGUAGGCCAAGAACAAGAAACUGAAGUGUCAUAUGACAUAAAAGGCUCGAUAUUCGAUGAUCUGGAUCGAUCAAUUGCUGUAAAGCAAGCGGCAACAAAUAGUACCGUCGGCUCUAGAAUGGAAGUUGAUGCAUAUCUUGCUGAACUGCCGAUAGGGCGGUUGGAGGACCCUCUUAAAUGGUGGUAUCAGCAUAAAGAGAAAUACCCAAGGCUUUAUAAAUUAGUUCCUAGAUAUUUGGGCAUUAUUAUGAAUUCUGUGUCUUGUGAAAGAAUUUUUUCGAAGAUGGGACUUAAAGUUAAUGAUCGUCGAACUUCCUUAAGCGCCCAAAAAGCUGGCAUGGUGUGUGGUAUCGCGCAAAAUCUGUCUUUAUUUCCUCGAAAUACUACUGUGCAAUUCUAAAAAGUUUUUGUUACAUUGUGAAUGCCAAUCACUAAAUUGUUAAACUAUUUCAAUUUCGUGGUUUUGAGAAGUUGUUAUUUACUGACUAUUAUUUCAGAGACUUAAUGUAUUAAUGAGCUAUUAUUAUUUAAUUAAAGAAAAACGUA